AUGAGUUUAAGAGAUAAUAAUAUAAAUAACUAGUAAGCAAGCUAAAAUUUACAUAAAUCAUGGUACCAGGAUUAGAGAGAACAUUAAGAUGUGGAUGAAGAAGAUCAAUCAAAUUUAUUUAAUCUUAAAAGACAUCUACAUUUUGGGGCUAUUGUUUAUUUAAAGCCUGCUUAUUACUAGCAAAAGAAUUUAUUGUUUUCUAAUGGAUUUGUUGAUGAAGAUAUUUUUUUAUCUCACGACUCAACAAUAAACGAAGCUAAUUUAAUUAAUGAUUGCCUAUUCACAAUAGUCCCUGUUUCUUCGAUAGCAGAGUAUUUUUCCUAACUUGAAGAGAUGUUUGACCCAAUAUAUAAUUUGAAUACAUCAUAAUAGUAGCAGUUAAAUUGCGUCAACCAGAUUCUAGAUGAUUUUUAAAGUCAAGUUAAAAAUUCAUAAGAGAAAAGUAUGAAAUAUUAAUGUACUCCUCUUUAAUACAAUUAAGCAUUCUAGUUAGAGCACUUAAAAACAAAAAAAUAUUUCACAUUUGAUCCUAAAAAGAACUUUAAAAUGGAAUAAGAUAGCAUCAUUGCAUAUUUAAGUGAUACUCCAAGUGUUAAUUCUCGCUUAAGAGUUUAGCCUUGCUACAGUUACUAAAAUGAAAAAGAUAAAUAUAUUAUGUAUGACACUGACUGCUAUAUUACAGCAUAUAAUUAAUAUGACUAAAAAGAAGCUUUAGGAAUUGCUAUAGAAGAUUAGCUGCAAGGGAAUAUUUUGUUUCCAACAUUAAACCAUCAUAAAAGCUAUCUUAAAGACUCAAUAUAAGUCGAAUUAGAUCACAACGAAGAUGAUUAACAAAUAAAUCCAAAACAAAUUUACAUGUCGAUGGAAAGAAAAUCAAAAAUGAGAGUGUUGCUUUACAGAGAAGGACUUUAGGCUAAAAAACUAUACUUUGGAGAUAUAAUUUGGAUGAUUUACAAUGAAUUAAACAAUUGCAUAGCCUUUAGUGCAGAAAAGCAAGAAUAAAAUGAAGAUACUAUUUACUUUGAGCAUAGCGAUAAUAAUUAAAAAUAUAACAACUCGGUAGGACUGUGGAAAAUAGAGGGCAUAGACCCACUAAAUGGCAAAGAAAUAUCUUACAAACAAAUUAUUAGAUUUUAGAAUAUUAAUACAGGGUAUUACUUGGCAUAUAGUGAUGAAAAUACAACUUCUAAUAGUAAUAGAAUAGUUAUGGAAAAGUAAAAGACUAGUGCAUCAUAUUUUUAUCUUGAGGCUAUUGAUUAGCCUUCAUCAACUAAACCAGUUUUUCAAAACUCAUUUUUCUAAAUUUUUCAUUCAAAUACUAAAAGAAUACUAGGAAAGGAGCCAGUUUAAUAAAAUUUUGAAUACUCAGAAAUAUUAUAUCGUCCUGUUUUAAAAGAAAAUCAGUGUUAAGAAGAUGUAUUUAGAUUUACAAUUGCAAACGAUGUUGAAAUUUGGGAGUGUUAAUAUCUAAAAUCGUGCAAGCCUUAGCUUAAAAUUGGUUUAAAUUUGCUAAUAAAAAAAUAAGAACAAGAACAGGAGUAUAACAACAAAAUUUAAAAUAUAAAUGAAUUUUAUAAAUCAUAAGAAGAACUUUAGCUGAAUUAAAACGAGAAGAUAAUUCUUGCUUAAUUAAUUAAUGGUUUAAUUUUAUUAUAAAGAUUUUGCUUUGAUGGAGACAUAGAUUUAAAUAGCAUUUAUAAUUAAUCAUCUGAGAAUGCUUACAUGUUUAAUUAAAAUUUCGGAUCUGACUUUGAAAGAACUUUCAAAAGACAAAAGCUGCUUAGAGAGUAAGGUUAUAUGGACUUACUCUCCAAAAUCAUAGAAAACUGUUUUAGUAGCAAAGAGUAGCUAAAUGAAAUACUGCUUCUAAAUCAAGAGUAAAUCUUAGAAGAAGUGCAAACAUCAUAGCAAAACAUAUUAUAUGGUAGAUAAUCUAACUAAUUUAGUUUUUAAAAUAUCCAAGCUGCAGUUAAUAGAAAUUCUAUGAGACCUUUAAUAAGGUAGCACACACCUACAUAUCCUGCUCAAACAAAAAUUGAUAAAAAAUAAGCCUUAAUAGACUAACUAAGCGAAUCUAAGUUUUAAACUGAGCUCACUAAAAUAUAUAAGUAAUAGGAAAGUAAUUAUAGAGAAAUGAAACAAAAAGAGACAGAUUAUUUUUUAAAAGAAAAAAUAAAGAUUUGCAAUCUAUGCUAUGAAUUAAUUUAAAAUCUUUGCCAAGAUAACAAUGAAAACUCUGAAUAGUGUGUGAAGCACUUCACUGUCUUUAAAAAUCAAAUAGGAUAUAUUUAAAAUGCAACUAAAUGUUUAAUAUAAAUUUUAUCAAGCAAUGAAAAGCUCCUUUCAUUAAUUUACAAAUAAAACUAUGAAAUAAAUUUGCCAAAUUUAAAAAUAAACUCACCUACUCUCAAAACAACUGGAAGCUAAGACUAAUACUCGAGGAAAAAAGGUAGCUUGAUAGGUGAGUCCAUUAGUAAUUAAAGAUUAGGAAGCUUCAAUAAUAGUUUAAAUGAUAAAAUGAUAAGUAUUUCUAAAUUAAUGAGCUAAAAAAGCAAUUCUGAUUAUAAAAAGAAUAAUCUGAUUCAUUUUAUUAUAAAUAGAUACUAGUAAGUUGUUGAAUUAUUGUUAAAUGCUUAAUCAACAAAAAAAAAGAAAAAAAACUUGAAAAGUUAAACUUCAAUCCAUGUAUCAUCCCCUGGUACAAAUGAGUAUUUUGAUGAAUUUCUUGAUAUAUUAAACACGUUUUGCUGCUAUAAAGAAGAGGGAAUUACUAUUAAUUAAUAACUGAUAAAAAAUUUACUUUAAAAGUUUUUUGGAUAUACUGAAGAGAAUCCGAAAUGGAGAAUAUAUUCUCGAUUAAUAAUUCCUAUUAAGAUUGAGAAAAAUAAUGGUGAUGAUUUUUUAAUGGUAGGGUUGGAAAAGUAAGAUAAAUUAGAAUGGAUAGAAUUCUCAGAGCUAUUCUCAGUAUCAACUCCAACCUACUUGUUACUUGAAAAAACUCCUAAAUAAACAGAAUAACUUAUCAAUUAUUUUGAGAAGUAAUUAAUUUUAUUUUCUAACCUCUGUUAUGGACGUAAUUACUCCAUCAAGAACUUCUUAAUUAAAUACUUUUAUGAUAAAAUUUUGAUGAAGUAUGUGUGGAAUUUAGAUAUACACAUGAAAAUUAGAGCAGCACUGUUAAGAAUACUACUGCAUUUACAUAUUAAUUCAAAGCCUAGAACUGUCUUAAUAAUUCCAAUGUUAACAAAAGUAUUUGAAUAAUCUCCAUAAGUUUAAAAAGCUUUUUUGAAUUCUCCUAAGACAUCCUCAAAUUACUUCAAAAAUGAGGAUGUUAAAUCUAUUUAUGAAAAAAUUACAAAUACUAUAAAUAAUUAUAAGAAAAAGAAGGUAGCUAAUAAGAAUUUUACUGAACCUCCAAAUCCAUUAGAGCAAUCUGAAAAAUCUAUAAAUCUCGACAAACCUUUAAUAAAAGAGUAAACAGAAUACACUGAUAAUUAAAGCGAAGUUUCUGCUAGAAAGUAAGAAAUUGAGUUAACUGAUAUAAAAGAUUCUUAUCAUUUGAGAGAGUCUUUUGGUUUAGAAGAAAGUUUGGAAUACUAACCUGAAAUUAUAGAGGAUUUUCUUUAGAUAAAGGAUAGCUUAGAUGAGUAGAGUCUAGAAAUAAUUAGUAAGAGCGUGCAAUCAUAUUUUUAAAAUGAGAAACUUACUCUGUAGUAUUGCGAUGAAAUGACUUUGAAUAUGGUUUUAACAGUAAGAAAGCUUAUUUCCUUUAACUUUUUUGAGAAAUAAAUUGAAUAGUACAAAGAAGCUAUUUAAAAUUCUAUUCAUAUGAGCAACGCUCUAUCUAAUACAAAAAAUUCUAAAUCUGGAUCUUUUUAUCUUGAAGGAAAAAUAAUUAAGAAACCAUUAAACUCAUAACAAACUUAAACAUUUAGAUAAAUAAAAUCUCCUUUUAGGGUUCUUAUGGAGAAUAUCAUAAGGCUAAUCUAAAGUAGUUUAUUUGAAGAAAAAUAUAUUUAUGAUAUUGAGUCUCAAGAUAUUGAUGAUAAUGAUAAUCCAAUUCAGUAUUUAAAGAACAGAUUAACUAUGAUGCAAUAAGAGACUAUUAAAUAGAGAGAAAAAAGCAGUACAAUUUAAAUCGAAUAGAAUCUAUUGUUUAAUUAAAUGCCUAAUAAUAUGUUUAAUGCUUAGUUUCCUUUUAAUUUUAAGAGAGAUCAUACGAAUAGGACAACAGCUAAUUUUGAGACAUAAUAGCAACAAAAAGGUAUAAGCGAUAAGAAUGAAAGCGGAUUUUAAGUUAAAACAUUCAGGAGACAUGAGAACAAAAUACUAAAAAUUAUAUACAAAAAAAUUUAAGAAGUUGAAAUCAGCAGAAGAAGCUAGAAAGAAGAAAUAGAUGAAAUAAAUAGAAUGAAAAAUUUGAGCUUUACAAAUAGAGUAUACGGAGUUAUAUAAUUAAAAUAGCCAGACAUAGUUUAAUAAAUUAAAGUUAAUUUGCUGAGAAUGCUAAUAUAUUACUAAGAGCUAAGAGAAGACUAUUACAUAGAGUAAAUGGUUUAAUUUAUUUAUCAAGUUAGUUAGAAGUAUCCAUAUUUCUUGGAAAAUGAGCAGAGAAUCACAUUAAUGAUUGAAGAAAAUUUAGAAGAUCACUUACCUCCUAUAAUGUAGACUUCUAUUAAUUUUAUCAACCAAAAAAAUUCUAAUUUAACCAAAAAAGAAUAAAAAGACUAAAGGAAAGAGUCUGUUUUGUCGAAUAAUUUGUAAUCAAGGUAUUUUUCAAAAUUUUAAAAUCAACCACCACAAAAAACAUCAAUAAACCAAUUUACCUAAAGCCAAAAUAAUAAUUAUAAGAAUACAGCCAAUUUUAAUUAAGAGCAACCAUAAAAUUUAUUCAAACCAGCAUUUAGCUAUAAAAGACAAAGACCAUCUAACAUUGAGAUACCUUAUGAAAAUUAUAAUAUUGGAAAUCUGAAUUUUUAAAUAUUAGAAGACUUUGAUAAUCUUUAUAAUCGACCAAUUUUGCCUAUUUUAAUUUAACUUUUUUACAAGGAAGAUGAUUACACUUUAAAUUUCUUGAUACUUAAGUUGAUAUUUAAAUGCUUUAACUAGCGUGCUUUGAUCUUUAAGCAACUUAAACAUCUUUAAAUUUUAACAAAUAAAGAUGAAGUACAAGCCUUCAACUCGAUUAAAAGUAAGUCUACAUAGCUUAAAUUCGAUUGUGAGUAAUCAGAAAUUUGGCUAAAAGCUCCUGAUAAAAUAGCUGAUCCAAAAUUUGAAUACAAAUUUGUAAUACACAGAGUUAUUAAUAACAUAUAGUCUUUCAUAACCUUCUGCGACCCUAAUAACAACCCAGAUAAAGAAAACAUCAACUAUUUAAAAGGAAAAAUAAAUGAAAUCUCAUUAGGGAGACAGAUUAUUUUAAGAAAUUUGAGAACAUAUGAGAUAGUUAUCAAUUUGAUUAAAGAAAGUGAGUACAUAGUUAAAGAAUUAACAGAAGAUUAGAGAAAUACAUGUUUACUCACAAAGAUGAUUGAAACUUGUUAUAAAUUUUUGAAGAUUUUUGUUUAAAACAACAAUAUAAAAAACAAAAAAAUUUUAGAAAAUUAUCUUGAUUUAUUUUUAGAUCAGUAAAAGGAUUGUAUUGAACUUGGCUAAACAUCUCUGAUAUGCGAAUUAUACAGGAAUAAUCACAAGCUAAUUUAUUCUCUAAGAGAUGAUAUUAUAUAGUAAUUUCUUUGGAAAAUAACUGAUGACUAAAAAAAAGGAGGACAUGACCCAAUUUACUUAGAAUUCUUUGAAAUUAUUUUAUUUUAUAGAUGUAAACCAGUAAAAUAAAACUUUGAAAAAUUUUUAAAUGCAAUAAUUGAGAAGUAUUAAUAUGAUAUUAAAAAUCUACUGUUUUUAGUUGAAGUAUUUACUCCGAACAGAUAAAGUAAAGAUAACCAAGAAACGAAAACAGCUCAUCUCUUAUAAACUCCCCUCCCCUCUAUCAUUGAGAAUCUUGCAGAAAAUAAAUAUCCUAAUACUCCUGAAAAUUCAAAUAAUAAAUCUCCUUAAAGUAAAGAAAGUAAUCAACCUUAAAAGGAUCUCAAAAAUAUUCCCUUAUAAUAAGAUUUUAGCUUAAAUCAAAAGAAGGAUAAUACUAUUAAUGAAAAUAAUGAUAAUGUUCAAGAAAAUUAAAAUAACAAACCCCUUUUAAAUUAAGAUAAUGUUUCAUUAAAAAAUUUAUUUUUUGAAUUUGAAGGUAUUAAAAAUUUAAAUGAGAGUAUUUAUGAACCUGCAGAAAAGCAAGGUGAGAUGGGUUCACUAAAGAUUUAAUAGGUAUAAUAAUUCAAUUAUAAAUUGAGUGAAUUAAGUGAUAGUGAUUAAGAAAAUGAAGAAGAAAAAGAUGAUAUCAGCAUUUAACAAAAUUUGAUGAAAAGCAGAAUUAAUGAUCAAAAUGAAAAUGAACAAUUUAAUCAAGACUAAGCUUAAAAAACUAGCUAAGAAAGCAUAUAAAACAAACAAACUUACAAUAAUUCACAAGAAAAUAAUCAAAAAAUCAAAUUAAACACUCAGUUUAUAUUUGAUAUGAAAGAUGCAAAGUCAGUGAGAGAUGUUCCUAUUGCUUAUUAGAUAAAAAUUUUAAACUUAAUAGGAUAAUUAUUUGAAAACUUAAACGAAAAGCACUAAAUUUUAUAAAUAAUUAUGUCUAAAGCUUUGAGUAUUAAAUAUAUCAUGGAAUUACUUAAUAGGAAAGAUAUUUUCUCUCUUAAUUGCCGUCAAAGAUCUACUCAUAAGUACAUCUUAAAUACAAUGUUGAAGUAAUAACUGUUAAAGUUAGCCUCCGUAGUUUGGCUAAGAUAAGACAAAACUUAUUAAGAGAUAAGAAAUGACUAUUUUAUAAUUAAUUUUAUCAAAAUAGAAACACAAAAACUAAAAAACAUUACUUAGGCUGAUAUUGAUCACUUUAAGUAUAAUAAAAGAACUUGCUUAGCUUACAGAUUAAAUUUGAAUUUUCAAAAGGGAAUGGUAGAGUAAGAAAAAAGUAUUGAUUUAAUGAAAUAAAAGGAAAAUAAUUUUCAAUAAUAGCAAUAAUAAUUAAACAUUGAUUUUCAUAUACCUUAUCAAUUUCAUGUAAGGGAAAGAGAGGUUACUUUCUAAAAUAUUUAUUAAAAUAAAUCUAAUCAAUCUAUAAAAUAACCUCAGUUUUUCGACGGAAAGAUGAUGGGUGAUGAAAUUCAAGCAAAGAUCAUAUGUGAUUAAUAUUUUAAUAUAGAAUAAUGCUUUGAUUCCAAUUAUUUUAGCUAUAUUUUUGGAGUAGUACUACCUAUUAUAAGCUUUAUAUAAAAAAAUAAAUACAGCUUUACCACUAGUUAUAUUUAAGGGGUAAAUAAUGUUAUGCCAGGAGUGUUUGAAAAAGAUUAAGAGAUGUAAGUUAUUGCGGAAUUUGUAGCAACUUUUCUUCAUUUUUUCUCCACAUUUAUUAAUGAAAACAAUUUAAAUGAACUAAGCUUGUAUUAAUUUAAUGCAAUAAAAGAAUUUGCCAGACAGACAUAAGUUAAUUUAAUAAGUAACUAGUCUGCUACUUAAAUAGAAAAAAAAAUUAUGCAAAGAAUUUAAGAAGAGAAUUUAAAAAAUAAUUAGUUUGAUCCUCAAUUUUAAUCAAAAAACGAUGAAGAUAUAGAGUUUAUAAUAGAUCUUCCAAUUUAAGAUAUACUUGACUAAAGAUCUUUGAAAUAUAAUGACGAUGUUGAAAAAAAUUGGAGAAGUAUUUGCAUCAACUUGCUAAUUAACGAAAAAAUCAAAUAGCAGUUUAUUGAGCCAGAAAUAGAUAAGCUUACUUAGGCAUUCUUGAGUUUUUCUGAAAAUUAACAAAAUUUAAACGAAAAUCCAAAAUUACAAAAAAUUUCUUACAAUCACCUUGAUAUUCUAAUAAGAAAGUUUAUGUAUUUUAUAAAAGCCACUUUAGACAAAAAUUUUGAUAACUCUAAUUUUCUCAAAGAUGAAAUACCGUAAAGUAGAAAUAUAGUAAUAACUCUUAUCUAGCUACUUAUUGAUAUAAUAAAAAAAAGGUCUAAAGAAAAAUGUAACACGGAGGAGUAGUCUGUGAUACAAAAUCAAUUUUAAGAGUAGGAGAAUUUAAAUACUUUGAUUAGUAUACUAUGUAAUGAACAAACACAUCCUUCAAUAUUCAUUGCUUUGAUAAAUCUUGCUAUUGAGCUUUUAGAUGGUGGAAAUUAGAAAAUUUAGGAUGGUUUUUAUGAGUACUUUCUUAAAAAUUUGGAAAGUGAGAAUUUCUUCUAUAAAUUAUACAGCCAUUUGAGUCAAGAGAUAUCUAAUAUAAGAAGAGAAAUAUCUUUAAAUGAGAGAAUAAAAUUUGCAAACAAGAAAAUAUAAUAUUGUUAUAAAAAUAGACAUUUUAAUCAAACAACAAGAAUUUUAAGAUUCUUAUAGCUACUUACUGAAAAUCAUAAUUAAAACUUAUAAAGUUAUAUGCAUACUUAAUCAGGUUCACGUACCAGCUAUGAUUUAAUAAAUAUUAUUGUAUAACUUGUAGAAACACUUGUAGAAAAUAUUAACCAAAACAAUUAUGAUAAAUUAGUGUAAUGCUUUGACACAUUAACUGAAUUUAUAUAGGGUCCUUGCAAGGAAAAUCAGAUAGCUUUGUGUGAAGGAAGGUUUUUAGAAAUAGCUACAAAAUUACUAAAAAUUAAAAAUCAUGAGAUUUAGAAGGAAAAAGUUUAAAAUAAUAUCUAGAAAAAUGUGUUUGUGAGCUAAUAAAGUUUAAAUUAAGAAAAUCCAUUAAUUUAAUCUAAAAAUUUAGCUUGUGUAAAACUAAACUAUUAUGACAAUCAUAUAAUUUCAUACUUGCAAAAAAUUAGUCCUAAAUUCUCAAAUCAUAUGAAAUUGGCUUUGCAAGCAAACGGAAAAUAUUAAGAAGAUUGGAUGGUGAGCAGAUUAUAAUAUAAGUGUUUAAUUACUAUUGAGAGCAUACUUGAAGGUAAUAUUGAUUAUAGGAAUAUGUAGAAGUUGCUCAAAGUUAUGCCAAUAUCAGUAAUUACUGAUAAAAUCAUUGCUAUAUACAAAAACUAUAAGUCUCUAUAUGGAAACAAUUACAACUCAGAAGCAUUUAAUCAUGUUGAAAUUAGCACAAAUAUGAAUGACUACUAAAAUGAAAAUUUGUUCAUGGCUAACACAUGUUUAAUCAUAGAAAGUGGGUUUAAACUAUAUUCGAUAUUUAGAAAGGUUAUAGAGUAUUUUUAGUAUAAGCAAUCUUCGCUUAUGUUCUAAUAGUAAUAUCCUAAUAAUAGUAGUGAUGGAUCUUCAUACGAUCAAACUUUGUAAUAAAUUGAAUUUCACAGAUAAUUAAAUGAAUUAAACUAAGAAACAAUAGAUGAUAUCUAAAAAAUUCUAAAUUUAGAAAUUGAACGAUAUAAAAAGAAUACCUUUGCUUACUCACUAUUUAAUGACAAAAAUGAAGGUUAAUGCCAUAAGAUUACAUUAAGUGAAUCAGACAUAAAAUAAGAUACUUCUUAAUUCAUUUAAAGUUUAGUAUUCUUUAUAAAUCACUCUGGAUUUGUCGAAAUUAGUUUUGAUGGUAGAAUAUAACAGGUUUACUUCCCAAUCCUCCCUUACUGCGAAUGUCUAACAAAAGAUGAUAUAAAAUAAUUAGUAGAUAAUAUAGAUCGUACUAGUUAAAGGACUAAAUAAGUAGAUCUAAUGAUCAAAUCAUAAAAAAUAAUAGCUUCUAUGAAAUAAGAAUAUAAAAUAAGAACUAAAUUAAAAAGUUUUAUAAUGGGAGAGCUUUUUAAUAAACUAAAUAUUAAAACUUCAAAACUAAGAAUACUGUCUUCUUAUUUGAGUUUCUUCUAAAAUCUUAUCUUCUUAGCAACAACUUCUGAAGAUCACUAAUUUUAUUUGUAUCCUACAUUUUUAUCUUUAAAUAUUAUGAGCCAUGAAAGUUUUGUGACAUUUCUUUUCUAUGUGCAAAUAAUAUUUGAAUUCAUACAAAUUGUUAUCUAUCUUCUCAUAUUUGGUUUUUAUGCAAGCAAAUUCAUUCCUCUAAUUAAUCAAGAUGCAAAUUAAUUCAUAAAGAAAUAGAACUUACAAAACUCUAUACUAAAAAAGUAUCUCUAUAAGAUUAAGUUUUUUGUUUCAGAUGUGCAACUUAUUUAUAGGUUAACAUUUUUAGUGAUUGCAGUGUUAGGAAUUUUUAAUUUUGCUUUUAUUGCGCUUCUUCUGUUAGAUUUUUUUAUUAGAAAUCCUCUUUUGAGAAAUGUAUUUAAGGCUGUCUGGGUUCCAAGAAAAUAGCUUUUUUACACAAUGGUUGUUUAUGUGCUACUCCAAUACUUCUUCGCUAUUAUUGGUUAUUUUACAAUUUAUGACUAACUAAAUGCAGGAAAUAAUGUUAAUCUGUGUGAUGAUCUCUGGCAAUGCUUCAGCAUGAUAGUGGAUAUGACUUUCAAAAAUGAUGGAGGUUUUGUAGGAAUAUUAAAUAGGUAAUCUAGUGACUAUUAAGGAUGGAGCCUUAAUUACAGGGCUGUAUACGAUUUUAUGUAUGCAUUUUUUGUAAGUCUCCUACUUAUAGAGAUUCUAAGUGGUAUUAUUAUAGAUACAUUUGCUUCAUUAAGAGAGCAUCAAGAAGAAAAGAACUAUGAUAUUCUAAAUUAUUGCAUCAUUUGCGGAUAAGAUAGGCAGUCAUAUGAUAAAAUUCAAUUAUCUAAGGGAUUUACUCAUCACUACAAGUAUAUCCAUAACAUUUGGCAUUACGUAUAUUACAUAGCAUAUAUUGGCGAUAAAGAAAAAACUGAAUAUACAGGUAUUGAAAGCUAUGUUAGUUCUUAAUUAAUUCAAUCAGAUGUGUAAUGGUUUCCUAAUAAUAGAGAAAAUUAAGAAUAAGACAUGGAAGGAUAAUAACUGGAAAUUAAAAGUUAAUUAUAUGAUAUGAAAUAGUAAAUAAAUUUGAUAAAUGCAAAACUAAAUAAAUUAAGUAAAUGA